UUUGGUUCAAAGAUUCGUGUUGCCCAAAGACGUCCAAGACUGUAAAGAAACAUCUGUGCGGUUGAUGGUCUUUGUCCCCUUCCCUUUAUAUAAUCUCCUCUAUCUCUCCUUUCCUUAAUAGUCAUUAAUCCCAGACAAGUUUUUCUCUUUGCCUUAAAACUUUUUCACGUGAAUUACCUCAUCUGAUCAGCUUUGAAGUUCCUUUGCAGUGUUGAUCUCUCUCACGAACUCUCGCCAGCCAAAUUUCAUGUCUGAUUUUGAUGUCCAAAUCCCUAGUGCCUUUGAUCCUUUUGCUGAGGCAAAAGCUGAAGACUCCGGUGCAGGGGCAAAAGAAUAUGUGCAUAUCCGUGUACAGCAACGUAAUGGGAGGAAAAGUCUGACUACCGUCCAGGGGUUGAAGAAGGAGUUCAGCUACAACAAAAUUCUCAAGGACCUUAAGAAGGAGUUUUGCUGCAAUGGUACAGUUGUCCAGGACCCAGAGCUGGGUCAGGUUAUACAACUUCAAGGUGACCAGAGGAAGAACGUAUCGACCUUCCUUGUUCAGGCAGGAAUCGUGAAGAAAGAACACAUCAAGAUUCAUGGUUUCUGAGUAGUUGCAGCAGCAGCAGCAGUGCUGAUGUUGAACUCGGUGUGGUUGAGGCUGCUGCUUUAUAUACUGUGUGGGCUUCCAAGAAAAGCCUCUUCGCCUACUUUCUAUGUCUAAUCAUAAACUGGUUCUUCUUGUUUGUCUGGAUGUUGUACAUCAAGCAUGCACUUGUUUGGUGCAGUAAGUUGGUCACCAUACAAUGUCUGCUGGUCCUGAGCACAUGUUGAUACUUGUUUUUUUCUUUUUUUCAUUCAGUUGGCAAGAAAUGUUCUUUUCUUUGUUUUUAUAUAAUGUGCUUGUUAAUUUUGGUUUCUGUCA